AUGAAGUUUCAAAAAAUUAUCUGUGAUAGUUAUGGACUCCAAAAAUCUGAAGAAUUCGAUCAAACAGAGUACGAUGCAGUUGAAAAAAGACUUCAAUUACUCUUAAAAGAAGGAUCUAAAACUCCUGCUGAUUCUGAUGAAUCAGAAAUGACUUUGCCUGAAUAUUACGAUCCAGUCAAGUUUCGUUUGGGUCAGAAUGUCUUUAGAAAAAAUAUUUUUACUAUGAUGAUUGCUAAAUUAUCCGGAUUGCUACUUCUUCUUACGGUCCCAUCAAUUCUUGAUAUUUUAAAAUUUACCAAACAAAGCGGUAAUCCAUGUACCGCCUUUCGUAGAUACGCUGCGACAAUUCUUCAUACAUGCAUCUGGUAUAAAAAUUCACCGGAUGAGGAUAGUGAAUUAUUUGUAUCCUUGAAAAAUGUCCGUAAAAAGCACUGUAUUGCUUCUAAACGUAGCUGUGAAGCUGGAAUAGGUCAAAUUUCACAACUUGAUAUGGCUCUUACUCAAUUUGGUUUUAUGGGUUUCACUCUAUUAUGUGCAGAUUAUUUAGGAGUUGCUACCAACGAUGAAGAACUCGAUGGUCUUCUUCAUUUUUGGCGUGUCAUUGGACGAAUGUUGGGUACAGAAGAAAGAUUCAAUCUUUGCAAUGGAACUGUUAAAGAAAGUAAAGCACUUUGUCGAAGAUUAUUGGAAGAAAUUUUCGUUCCUUAUUAUACUAAAAAAUCAAAAGAUUUCGAAGAAAUGAGUAAUGCUCUUUUAGAAGGAUUAUGGCCGAUAAAUCCGUUUGUAAAUAAUAAAUCGUUCAGAAUAUUUACAUGCCAUCUGAUAGCCUCAGCUAUACCAAAUAAUAAUCACUCAUUAGAUAUCGAUGACACACCGUUGUCAUUGUACAGUAAAAUAAUAUUGUAUCUUCAGCUUUUUGUUCAUAAAUAUUUAUUGCCAGUACAUUAUUGGUGGUCUAGUAUUUUUCGCGCUCAUUUUAAUAAUCAAAUGAAAAUAGGCUUUUAUCUUACGGAGAAAUUUCCAUUUUUAGCCUAUAUACUCUACGGACGAAAACGAUCAUAUUUUAAUAUUUAUAAAUUUCAUUUUGAUUAA